AUGAGCGAAACAAAAUCAAGAAAGCGAUUUUCCAGGGAUCGCUAUUUUCCGGAACAUAUUAUACGUAAUAUAAUUUAUCAAGUUUUGCAAGGAUUGGCGUAUAUGCACAAAAAUGGUUUCUUUCAUCGCGAUAUGAAGCCGGAAAACAUUAUGUGUAACGGAACUGAACUUGUCAAAAUUGCUGAUUUUGGUUUAGCGCGUGAAAUUCGCUCUCGGCCGCCAUAUACGGAUUACGUUUCCACUCGCUGGUAUCGAGCGCCAGAAAUUCUUCUUCGUUCUACCUCCUACAACUCACCAAUUGACAUUUGGGCUCUUGGCUGCAUAAUGGCAGAACUGUAUAUGCUGAGGCCACUAUUUCCUGGGACUUCCGAACUAGAUCAGUUAUUCAAAAUAAUUACUAUUCUGGGGACACCCAAUAAGGAGGAUUGGCCGGAAGGUUAUCAGUUAGCUGCCGCAAUGAAUUUUAAGUUCCAACAAACUGUGCCGACACCGCUUGCGACUGUCGUAAACUCCGUGAGCGAUGAGGGUCAAAAGCUGAUGGCCGAUAUGAUGCAGUGGAAUCCUGAAAAACGGCCAAACGCACUCAGUUCGCUCAAAUAUAAAUAUUUUCUGGUUGGUCAAAAACUGGGAGCUCCAGUAGUCAGUCAACCAUCGACGUCAAAUCGAAAGACCAGUGCCGGAUCAACGCUAUCGGACUCUCGUGUGGUACUUGGGAAAGCAAAGUUGAAACCAACUGCCACUGAAGUAAAAACUUUCGAUGGAGACAUGCAGCCCGAACGGAACAUCAACAGAAAUUUGCCGAUUUGCAAGUGA